AUGACAACCAAUGCUCAGGAAUUCAACAUUGAAAUGACCUCUGUCCCAAAAGAACACGUCAAGGACGUCCUUCGAGCGCUCUUACAUUCAAUCUUCUUCCAUCGGCUACUUGUAAACGUUGCUCCCCGAGAACUGCGUUUUCUGGAUACAACAGUGGCAACGACUGAUAAUCGAGAAGUGGAUCAUCUUAUCGAACAACGAGCUACGGAGUUUUUCCAAACCAUUUCCUCGAACAAUGCAAGGCAGGGCAAGAUAGCCGUAUUAUUCUAUGAACAACGAGAUAAGAAGAUUUGGUAUCCAUUCUCCAAGGCCAAGGAGCUUGUGUGUUGGGAACGAUGGGCUAUCACUAUCAAUUUGGCGCAGCCGCAAUCGGAUUUAGAACGGCAACGAUCGCUGCGGUCUGUGGAACAUCAAUUAUCACAAUGCCUAUUGGAUAUACUGCGCUGUGCCAACGAUCAUAAGGAGCAUAUCCCAUCGAUCAAGACCAUAGAAGGCAAUCCCUUCCCAUAUCACAUAGCUAUACUUACUCAAUCCGAAUCCUGGGGUGCAAUGAUAAGACGAUUAUUGGUGACAGAUGCUCCUGCGACAACAGGCACAGAGACUGAAACAGCAAACGCAUCUGUAUCACCCACCAUCGGUCCAAGUCAUCAACGAGGUGGAGGUGGUGCAACUCACUUUGGUGGUGGUGAGGGUAUGGCUCGACCUGUACCUGGAAGCAGCAACAGUGGCGGCAAUACGAGUGGUCACCAAAGUCCAUCAUCAAGAAGUCCAAGGAGAUUUGAGUGA